AUGGCCACCCCCGCUCGCCAGUGGCGAAUACUACUCUCCUGCGAGUCUCAGGCUCGUCGCAGGCCGACAAUAGGUCGCGUAGAUAAGCCUAAGGGCUGUGGAACUCCAACGGCUGUGAACUUGUUUUACACCGCUUCGGUAGUAUUAGGCCUCAAAUGUUCCACGCGCUCUCUUGUCCAGUCCCCCGGGUGGUCAUGGGUCUUGGAUUAUUUCGGACAGCGGGCUUCCGACGCCAAGAGGCCUGAGACACCGGCGUGUCCCCGGACAGAUUUUGGCUACGGAAUAGCUUGUCCACCAGAGUCUAUGAUCCGUGUGGAUACUCGACAUAUCCAUAGACCGAACAAUUCCCGGAGACUUGACCUGGCCAGAGUGGUUCGUGCGGUUCGCGUACGGCAUUCGAGGACUGUUAAUGUUGGCCGAUUCACUGCAAAAGUCACAACAUCUACUGCUCUACACGACAAGUACAAUGCACUGAAACCCAUAUGCCAUCAUAUUCUUUUGGCAAUUGGCGUUUUCGGAGCGACGCCCGGCGGAAUGCUAAGAAAGCAGGAGGUUGGGGUUGAGAAGCCUGAAGUUGGCGCCUUUCCCGAACCUAUUGAUCAAGCUAUCAACGUGGAGUUUCUCUAG